AUGGGUGAAACACACAGAGGAACUAGAGCGAACUUGGCGACAUAUGCUGUUGACCGAUUCCGUACACGUUCUCACGCUUAUUUUGAACCCGACGAGAGGAUUAUUCCGAAUCUCCAAGCAUGUGGCUUCGGACAUAUCAUAAAAAUCAGCAACAACACCAUAGACAGAAAAUUCAUCCUUGCCUUACAAGAGCGAUGGAGGCCUGAAACCCACACGUUUCAUCUUCCAAUAGGUGAGUGUACUGUUACUCUAGAGGAUGUUUAUAUGUUGCUUGGUCUGCCCAUUGAUGGCAAGGCUGUUAAUGGAUCUGUUCAACAUGCUAAUUCACUGUGUGAGAGAGUGUUGGGAAGAGAUCUAGUUGUGCCUACUCAAGGUUCAAGAGGCCAGGGUAUCAGUCUGGUCUCCCUUAGAGCUUAUUAUGAUGAACUCGUCUUGAUGGACAACUCUACCGAGGAGCAUGUUUGGUUAAUGACUAAGGUCUAUAUAAUGCUGAUGUUUGGUAAACUUUUAUUCCCGGAGUCGACAGGUUCUGUGGUCCUAAAUUGGAUUACAUUUAAUUGGAGACCAUACUUGUUGCUGGACCAUGAGCCAAACGAGAGUGACCGGGAAGUUUGGACUGCAGUAGUACCGAUAAUAAGGUUCAACAUCGUGGAGAUGCACCAAUCUGACCGUGUGAGACUGCAGUUUGGCAUGCAUCAACCAAUCCCGGAUCCCCCCACUGAUUUGGGUCGCUGGCAUAUUAAAAGAGUCAAUCAACAAUGGGACCACACAGAUUACCGUACUUUUGCACCUGAAUUUUGUGAGAUGUGGAAGCAACGUCGCAGCCGUCUGCUACAAUUCCCUGUUGCCCAACUCCCCAUGUUUCCAACCGCGGAAUACGUUGCUUGGUUUAUAACGGUCACAACCCCCGUGAACUAA